GAUUCAAUGACACCUGGGGUCUCCUUUCUUCCAGCCAGUCACACCUUAUCCCCAUCCGGCUGACUCAGCACCUGCUGUUCACGCCUCUUCCUUGAGCUGCUUGGGAAUGGCCUUGCCAACAAAGUCUAGCAUCUUGGACCUGAGCCCCGGCACACAGUGCAGCAGAUCGCCAGAGGAGAGCCACGAGGCUUGGGCACAAUGCAAAGAUGCUGGCAGGCAGCUACCGGAGUACAAGGCAGUGGUGGUGGGUGCGAGCGGUGUGGGCAAAAGUGCUCUCACGAUCCAGAUGACCCACCACUGCUUUGUGAAAGACCAUGACCCCACUAUCCAGGAUUCCUACUGGAAGGAAGUGGCCCUGGACAACGGAGGCUACAUCCUAAAUGUGCUAGAUACAGCUGGCCAGGAUAUUCACCGGGCCCUGCGUGACCAGUGUUUGGCAGCUGGUGAUGGUGUGCUGGGUGUCUUUGCUCUUGAUGACCCGUCGUCUCUGGACCAACUGCAGCAGAUAUGCUCCACCUGGAACCCUCACCACAAGCAGCCUCUGGUACUCGUGGGCAACAAGUGUGACCUGGUGAGCACUGCUGGAGACGCCCACACCGCUGCAGCUGUCCUUGCUCACAAGUUGGGAGCCCCCUUAGUGAAGACUUCCGCCAAGACACGGCAAGGUGUAGAGGAAGCUUUUGCUCUGCUCGUCCAUGAGAUUCAGAGGGCCCAGGAGGCUGUGGCUGAGUCAAGCAAGAAGACCCAACACCACAAAGCCGUGUGUAGCUGUGGCUGCUCUGUAGCCUGAAGACCUUAGUCUAGCAAACUGACCCCUGUCUCAUGUCAAGGUGACAGUUCUCUCUUGUCACAAUUCCCCUCCCCGACCAACACCUUUUUAUUGCCAUUUGGUGAGGAGUUAGGUGGUAACAUGGGGUGUCCCUUGUUGGCUGUGUUCAGUGAAACUCUAUGCAAAAUAAUAAAUGUUCUCAGGAUUCAAAGCCU